GAUGUUACCAUUUCCGGGUCAAUGAGGCCGCAGCGGCGGCGCAGGCGUGAGCGUUAGCAGGUGUCCAGUCUAUGGAGUUAGUUCCCCGCGGCGUCGCGGAGGCAGGAGGUGGUGUCCGAGUGGGGGCCUUUGCCCCGCCAGGAUGUUACCGGGCUUGGCCGCCGCCGCUGCGGCCCACAGAUGUAGCUGGUCCUCCCUGUGCCGGCUCCGUCUGCGCUGCAGGGCGGCGGCCCACGGCUCCAGCGAGCGCCAGGAAUGGCAGAAUUUAGUGACAUUGGGAAGCUUUUCAAACAUGGUUCACUGUAGUCACCCAUAUAUUUGUACACUGAGUCAAGUGAAGUCAUAUUCCACAAAUGUACAGAAAGAAGGACAGGGAUCACAGACUCUCAGAGUGGAAAAAGUACCAUCAUUUGAUGAAACAGCAGAAAAUAUAGGCGCUGAACUGAAAGCUCCACUUAAGCAAGAACCUCUCCAAGUAAGAGUCAAAGCAGUCCUUAAGAAGAGGGAAUAUGGACCAAAGUACACUCAGAAUAAUUUCAUCACUGGAGUCAGAGCAAUAAAUGAGUUCUGCCUUAAAUCCAGUGAUCUAGAACAACUUCGAAAAAUCAGACGACGAAGUCCUCAUGAAGAUACUGAGUCCUUUACUGUAUACCUGAGGUCAGAUGUGGAGGCAAAAUCUUUGGAAGUUUGGGGAAGCCCUGAGGCUCUUGCCAGAGAGAAAAAACUGCGGAAGGAAGCAGAAAUAGAAUACAGAGAAAGGCUAUUUAGAAACCAAAAAAUAUUAAGAGAAUAUAGAGACUUCCUGGGAAACACCAAGCCACGGUCCAGAACGACAUCAGUUUUUUUUAAAGGGCCAGGAAAAGUGGUGAUGGUUGCCAUUUGCAUCAAUGGAUUAAACUGCUUCUUUAAAUUUCUUGCCUGGAUUUAUACCGGUUCAGCAAGUAUGUUCUCUGAAGCUAUACACUCUUUAUCUGAUACUUGUAAUCAGGGUUUACUGGCAGUGGGCAUCAGUAAGUCUGUUCAGACACCAGAUCCUACUCAUCCGUAUGGAUUUUCAAAUAUGCGCUAUAUUGCUUCACUAAUUAGUGGUGUUGGUAUUUUCAUGAUGGGUGCAGGAUUAUCUUGGUACCACGGAAUCAUGGGAUUGCUUAAUCCUCAACCAAUAGAAUCUCUUCUAUGGGCAUAUUGUAUUUUAGCAGGAUCAUUAGCAUCUGAAGGAGCAACACUUCUUGUUGCUGUAAAUGAACUUCGUAGGAGUGCUCGGGCCAAAGGAAUGUCAUUUUAUAAAUAUGUAAUGGAAAGUCGUGAUCCUAGUACAAAUGUGAUAUUACUGGAGGAUACCGCAGCGGUCUUGGGAGUGACAAUAGCAGCUACGUGUAUGGGCCUUACUUCUCUAACAGGUAAUCCACUGUAUGACAGCCUAGGUUCUUUGGGUGUGGGCACGUUAUUAGGCAUUGUCUCAGCAUUUCUCAUCUACACUAACACGGAAGCACUCUUAGGGCGAUCCAUCCAGCCAGAGCAAGUACAACGGCUUACUGAACUCCUGGAGAACGACCCAUCAGUAAGGGCAAUUCAUGAUGUUAAAGCCACAGAUUUGGGAUUAGGGAAAGUAAGAUUUAAGGCAGAAGUAGAUUUUGAUGGACGAGUUGUUACAAGAUCAUAUUUGGAAAAACAAGAUUUUGACCAAAUGCUACAGGAAAUUCAAGAAGUGAAAACUCCUGAAGAACUAGAGACCUUUAUGCUUAAACAUGGAGAAAAUAUUAUUGAUACUUUAGGAGCUGAAGUAGAUAGACUUGAGAAAGAACUGAAAAAACGAAAUCCUGAAGUUCGACAUGUAGAUUUGGAGAUACUAUAGAUUUGAUGGAAUGAAUCACCUUGGAGGGAGCCUUGGACUCAAGUUCGGCGAGCCUGCUCUCCCACACCAAAGGAGUCCAUGCCAUUCAGAAGCUGUUUUUUUUUUUAAGAUGGAGGAAAUAUUUAAUGUGAAGGGCAAUUCAGCAGUCUACAGAACUCAUACUACUUCAUACUUCUAAGAGACAUUACUAGUUGAAUCAAUUUGGAAAUCAUGUUUUUAUGUUUCAGUAGGGAACAUUUUAGUUAUUUAAAUUGUUCAUAAUUUUUCAUUUUACCCUGUCAGGAUGUAUUGUACCUUGCAAUCAUGUUUCCUUUCUUCACAUUGGUAAAAAUAAGCAGCAUCCAUAGGAUUAUGAUUUUUAAUUUUGUGACCACUGAAGAUUUCACUCCAUCAAAACCUGCCAAUCUUGAACAUUUUGGCUAAAUCUUGGUUUUUAAACAGUCACUCUGUUUUUUUCUUAUAGAAUGUGGAAAUUAUUUCUACAUAAUUCUGCCCUGAGCACUAAGAGGAACACUCUCCUAACCUAGUUAUCCAUAAAUGUUCAUUCCAGAAAUGGCUUAGUUACUGAAUUGAAGGAAGACAUGUCAGUCCACUCUUUUAGGUUAUAGUAGUUGCCAUUUUGUAAAAUUUUUAUCUCUCCUUAGCCUUUUUUCUUUAUUUAGUUUAAUUUUUCCAGUGUUGGAGAUACAAAAUAACCCUAGAUGUUUCCAUAGGCCAGUUUGAUGGCUGUUUUUUUUGUUUUUGUUUUUGUUUUUUAACUGGCUUCGGUGCCAUAAUGUGUAUUUACUAGGAGGUAAUGCAUUUAUAAGCAUUUUAACAUUCUGUAAAAUGAGUAGAAAUAUUUAUAAUUUUACAGACUGGACAGCAUUUUUAAUUUAUUUAAAAAGGCACUACUCAUGUAAAUCUGAACUGUGGGGUAUUUCUUGCUUUAAGAGAAAGAGAAGUAAAUCUCUUCUUAUGCGGAAACUUGUGGCCCCGAUUUUGUAUAAUAUAGUCAAUAGUGUGUCUGUAAUGUGAGUUUCUUGCAGUUAUAAAUGGACAUUUAACAUACUAUAUGACUAAAACAUUAAGUAAGUAGUUUUCUCUAAUGAUCAUAAGGUAUCCGGGUGAAAAAACAUACAAUUCAGUAAUAGAAAAUUUAGUGCAAAACACAGCUGUGUCUCCAUUCAUCAAAACAACUCCUAUGCACUUUACAUUGUUCAGGUAGCAGUGAGCGUUGUCCAGGCAAGAGCGGUGGCUGGGUGAUUUCUUUGCUUGAUAAGUGAGUGUUUGACCUAAGGACCUAACUAAUUCUAUGAGGUCAGUGUCUAAAAACUUGCUUAGGUUCAAGUUUAUGAAUCACAGCAAAUUGUAAUGCUGGAAACAAAAAAUAAACAUUUGAUUAAAGGGUUUGUAAUGGUAAUUUUUUGAUCCAGAAAUGUCAUUUAUUGGAGAAUUAUGAAAAUUUAUAUCGUUGUACAUUUUUUUUUACCAUUACAGAGCAUUUUGCAUGUUGUACAUUUUAAGUGAAAUAACAUUCCAGUUCUAUUUUUUGAAG